UUUACGAGCCAUAGAUAUGUGUGGUGCUGGAGUUACAAUUGUUAUGUUGUAGUUGUCGAAACAGCCUGAUUUAUAUCAUGUUUAUUUAGUACUUUUUUCAGUAUUUCUCCCUUCUGUGAUCGAUGUUAAGGUUUGGUAUGCAUAUUUCUUUCCAAUUUGUAUGUGGACCUUCAUGCCACAUUACAUUACUUUUUAUGUUAAUAUCUUCUGUAUAAGUAGUUUUUCUUUCUAAUUUAUAUGUGGCUUCAUGUUUUUGCCAAACUACUAAUCUGUAAGCGAACAUGCUGCAAUCUAUACGCCGAUAAGUGUCCACAACUAAGUAAAAAUUUAUUAAUUAGUUCUUUUUAUUGAGAUGGCCACAAAAAUUGGUCUUAAUAGAAUUUUUGUUUUUUUAAAGAUUAUUUAUUUAGAAAAUGAGAUGAGCAAAAUGUACUCACAAAUGUUUGUGUUUUUUAUUGAGGUGGCCACAACUUAUGUUGUUAUUCACACAUAUCUUAGCUUUUCAAGGAAAGAGAUGGUUUUUUAUUGAGAUGGCCACAAAUUAGGUUGUUAUUCACACAUAUUUGUGUAACUGGUAGAAUCUUUGACUACAUUGAAUGGAUUUUAUCUCGAUGAUUUCUCUCCAAACAAACCAUAUAAACCCUCUAUGUGGACUGAAGUCUGGACUGCAUGGUUUACAAGGUUUGGAGGUACAGUUCCUUAUCGACCCGUUGAAGAUGUGGCCUUUGCUAUUUUGCACAGUUCAUACAGAAAGGUGGAUCUUAUUUCAACUACUAUAUGGGAAGAUAUUGAUUCUGCUGUCAAAACAUACCAUCUAAUGUCACAGCGGUGGUUUACACAUGCUUCUCCUACCUUAUUUAAUGUUGGCACUCCUCGUCCCCAGUUAAGCAGCUGCUUCCUUAUUUGUAUGAGAGAUGAUAGUAUCGAGGGCAUAUAUGACACUCUCAAGGAGUGUGCUGUUAUAAGCAAAUCUGCUAGAGGAAUUGGUGUUUCUGUUCACAAUACUUGUGCAAUGGGCAGUUAUAUUCGUGGAACAAACGAAACUUCUAAUGGUAUUGUCCCAAUGUUAAGGGUGUUAUAAAUUCACAAACCUUUUGUUUUAUAUGUUUCUCAUGUUUUUAGCUCACAGUAGGGAUGUUUAUUCUAAAAGACAAUACUCGCUACUUGGAUUUCAAUUAAUGGAGUUGGCUUUGCCUUGCAAA